AUGGAUUCUGGGCCACUAUCAAAGAAAAGAAUCCAUUUAAUUGGUACAUUUCCUCGACCUAAGAAACAGAUGCGACAAAUAAUCAAGGAUUUGGGUGGUAAAAACUGGCGACGUGACUGCAAACAACCGCCGACUGACUUGAUCUUGGCACAUGCCACGACAGAAAAACAAAAACACAAGAUCAAAAACGAAGUUAGCCAGUUUGGAAAACCAGGUGCAGAGUUUGAGACUCAUACUCUUGAUUGGCUACUCAAACUCCGGGAUAGGGAAAACUGUGAGAAACACAACGAGUCACUGAGUUCCACCGGGCGGACGGACAGCUCUAUCAGAAUACCAUCGCGGCAAAUUGUUCCCGUUACUCCGCCUCCUGCAGAUAGAACGACGGAGAGAGCGAUGGAAGGACACGAGAAUCUCUUUUCUAUGAGAAACGAUCCUGCUAUUAGCACAAUUGUUCCUGAUACGCUCCCAUCCAACAUACAAGACAAGGUUACGUCGGCCAUCGUCGAGCCAACGCGCACCCGCCAGUGUGCUCCCGUUGGCGCUCACAAUCGUGUUGUAGAGCGCCCCAGAGUUCUUUGUAGAGAUAAAACCUCACUUUCUCCUCUUAAGAGGGCUGGCGAGGUCGAUGUCAAAUUUGUUCCUGUUCCACGUUACGUUGACGAAUAUGGGAAUUACAUUGUUGUUCCCAAUGCCAAAUUAACAAAGAUGUUCGAAGUCGUCGAAUCUAUAGGCGAAGGAGCCUAUGGCAGAGUUGUCAAAGCCCGCAUAGUUGUUGAAGGCGACGAUACAUGCAUCCAUGCACAAAUGUGUUUCGAGUACCGAGGCCACAUUUGCAUGGUUAUGGACUUGCUUGGUCAGAGCACCUAUGAAUUCCUGAAAAAGAACAAAUGUGCUCCAUAUCCAGAUAGCCAAAUCCAGAGUUUCGCCCGGCAGCUUUUUAACAGUGUAGCCUUUCAUGCUGAUAUUAAGCCCCAGAAUAUCGUACUAUGCGACUUUACUUCCUGUAUCUUACCUUAUAACCGCUUGAGACCUUCUUCCUCUACUGUCAGAUUUGGAGAGGGGCGAUAUGCUGCAGAACGCCGCGUCCUAGUGAACACCGAGGUUCGGCUGAUCGAUUUUGGUUUAGCCACGUUUCUAGAUGAGUCUCCGUCGUAUUUUCACUCAACUCCAGCGUAUUCCGCCCCAGAGACCUGGCUAUAUCACCAAGCGUCGUUCUCUCACGAUAUAUGGAGCAUAGGAUGCACUCUCGUUGAGUUUUUCACGGGUGAUCUUCUCUUCAAGACCUCUGACAUGCUCGAAUAUCUAGCAAUGAUAGAAGCUAUUGCAGGACUAAAAAUAGAGGAAGAAAUCGCCUGGAUCACUGAUGUAAAGUUUCGGGGUAUCCUUUCCGCUUUGCUUCCCAAUGCGAUGCAAGAACCACGCAAAAAGGUCAAGAUGAAGAUGAAGCACCUUGACGAAAUCAUUCCUGGAAACAAUGCCUUCCUUAAAAACUUUGCGGAUCUGUUGAAAAGAAUUUUUGUGCUUAAUCCUAAUCAUCGUAUUACUGCGAAGCAGGCUUUGCAACAUCCUUUCCUUGUAGAAGAGGCCCAGCCAGAUGAUGGCCCUGUGGCUGCAGAGAUCCAUUAGAAUAAUCCAAUAGCACAUCAGGCUCCGCAACAUCAUGGUGUCACAAGUUGACGAUGGCAGGUCCAUGAUCUCCUGAUUAUAAGUGAAUACGCUGGCAGUCUUACUCUUCCCAAAACAUUACGGUCAAG